ACAGUGAACACUAUAAACACUGUGUAUGUGUGCCCGCAUAAAGCAGCCUCCCUCUCCUCUCCUCCACCUCUUUCUGUCUCUCACACACACGCAACCAGUGCUCUCCUCAACCUCAUUCUCUCCUUUCAUUCCGUGGUGCUAUUAGGCUGAACCCAUGGAGGACUACCACAAACCAGACCAGCAGACCAUACAGGCGCUGAGGAACAUUGCCAACCGCCUCAGAAUCAACUCUAUCAAAGCCACCACUGCAGUGGGCAAUGGGCAUCCAACAUCAUGUUGCAGUGUGGCAGAAAUCAUGUCUGUGCUUUUCUUCCAUUCUAUGAAGUACAGGCCAGAUGACCCCAAGAACCCAAACAAUGACCGUUUCAUCCUGUCCAAGGGUCAUGCGGCCCCUGUCCUCUACUCUGUGUGGGUAGAGAUCGGCUUCCUGAAAGAGUCUGAGCUCAUGAGCAUGUGUCAGCUCGACUCCACGCUGGAGGGACACCCCACACCUAAGCAGCAGUUUGUGGAUGUGGCCACAGGCUCUCUGGGACAGGGGCUGGGCGUAGCCUGUGGAAUGGCCUAUACGGCUAAAUACUUUGACAAAUCCAGUUACCAUGUGUACUGCCUGCUGGGGGAUGGAGAGAUGUCUGAGGGGGCCGUGUGGGAGGCCAUGGCCUUCGCAUCCUACUACCAGCUGGAUAAUCUGCUGGCCAUACUGGACAUCAACCGGCUGGGCCAGAGUGACCCAGCACCACUGCAGCACCAUGUGGAGAAGUACCAGAGACGCUGUGAGGCCUUUGGGUGGCAUGCUAUCAUUGUGGAUGGCCACAGUGUGGAAGAGCUGUGUAAAGCCAUGAGCCAGCCACGCCACCAACCCACCGCCAUCAUCGCCAAAACCAUCAAGGGCAAAGGCAUUCCUGUGGCAGAAGAUAAGAUGGGAUGGCAUGGCAAGGUGCUGUCAAAAGACAUGGCAGAGAGCGUCAUGCGAGACCUCCAGAGCCGCAUCCUCAACAGUAACAAGCGCAUGUACCCUGCUUCACCCAUUGAAGACACUCCACCCGUGAGUCUGCGCAAUGUCCGCAUGCCCAGUGCUCCCAACUACAAACCUGGAGAGAAGAUUGCCACCUGCAAGGCGUACGGGAUGGCCGUGGCCAAACUGGGACGUUACAACGAGCGAGUGGUGGCUAUGGAUGUCGACACCAAAAAUGUCACCCACUCAGAAAUCUUUAAAAAUGAGCAUCCCAACCGCUUUAUUGAGUGCUACAGUGCAGAGCAGAACAUGGUCAGCGUUGCCACAGGCUGUGCCGCACGUGAGCGAAACAUUGUGUUCGCCAGUGGCCUGGCCACCUUCUUUACCCGCGCAUAUGACCAGCUCCGCAUGGCCGCCAUCUCAGACAGCAACAUAAACCUCUGCGGGUCCCACUGUGGCCUGUCUGACGGAGAGGACGGACCGGCCCACAUGGGGCUAGAGGACAUGGCUAUUUUUAGAGCUAUCCCCACUGCCACCAUUUUCUACCCCAGUGAUGCUGUGUCUACUGAAAAGGCUGUGGAGCUUGCAGCCAACACAAAGGGGGUUUGUUACAUCAGGACCGCUCGUCCAGAGACUGCAAUCAUUUACAACAGCAAUGAGGACUUCCAUGUUGGCCAGGCCAAGGUUGUGUGCCAGAGUAAGGAAGAUCAGGUUACAGUGAUCGGAGCUGGAAUGACCCUCCAUGAAGCUCUGGCUGCAGCUGAGCAACUCAAAAAAGAGAGGAUUUACAUCAGAGUGAUCGAUCCUUUCACAAUCAAACCACUGGAUGCCAAAACCAUCAUCGACCAUGUGCGUGCCACCAGGGGUCGUGUCGUCACGGUUGAGGAUCACUAUUAUGAAGGUGGCCUGGGAGAGGCGGUGUGCUCCGCUAUCGUGAAUGAGCCCAGCCUCACUUUCCAGCGUCUCGCUGUCGUUCACGUUCCCCGAAGUGGCAAAAUGUCCGACCUGCUCAAAAUCUACGGCAUCGACCGCGACUCCAUCACACAGGUGGUCAGGAAGAUGCUCAGCAGCUCGGCCAAUGCCAAGUGAACCUGUUCGCUUUGCCCCGCCCACUCCACCCAAAU